UGAUAAGCAGCAGCACCACAUUAUUACAGCCUCAUUUCACGGGUCAACUGAGCAAACGCAUAAUCAAUUCUCUUCUCACCUGUAAAAUGUAAAUGAAAGCUGCGCACACGUCCGACCACACUCUUCCCUCAUAACUAAGGAAGAAGAAGAAGAAGAAGAAGAUGGAGCACUGUAGAUCAGAAUUGGAAUUGAGCUCUUCUUCAUGAAGCAUUCCUCGCAGCUGCUAACAAUGCUCAGAUUUCUACUCCCCUCGCUUCUAGUUAUCGCCUUCCUUUUCUCUCACUCCUCAGCUCGCUCUUUACCAUUUGCUAUGCGCAUAAGUUGUGGAGCUCGGCAUGACGUCCGCACGCCUCCAACAAAUACACCAUGGUUCAAGGACUUUGCAUAUACAGGAGGGAUACCAGCUAAUGCGACACGCCCGAGUUACAUCUCUCCUCCUCUAAACACCCUUCGCUACUUCCCCCUGUCUACGGGUCCUGAAAAUUGCUACAUUAUCAAAAGAGUGCCAAAGGGGCACUACUCUGUGAGAAUCUUCUUUGGAUUUGUUAACCAACCUAAUUUUGACAAUGAACCUCUAUUCGAUGUUUCUGUUGAAGGCACGCAGAUUUGUUCUCUUAAAUCAGGGUGGAGCAACCGUGAUGAGCAAACAUUUGCUGAAGCCCUUGUAUUUUUAACGGAUGGCUCUGCCUCUCUCUGCUUCCAUAGCACAGGUCAUGGAGAUCCAGCUAUCCUUGCGAUUGAAAUCCUUCAAAUUGAUGAGAGAGCAUACAAUUUUGGUCCCAAUUGGGGUCAAGGAGUGAUCCUUAGGACGGCCACAAGACUGGACUGUGGUGCUGGGAAGCCCAAGUUUGAUGCAGAUUAUAAUGGGAACCAAUGGGGUGGGGAUAGAUUUUGGACUCCCAUUAAAACUUUUGGUCAGCAGUCUGAUCAUAUCAUCUCUGUUGAAAGCAGCAUCAAACAGGCUUCAGUUUUGCCAAACUUUUAUCCAGAAGCUCUAUAUCGGUCUGCACUUGCAAGCACCGAUAGUCAACCUGAUUUGACAUAUGUAAUGGAUGUGGAUCCCAAUAGAAACUACUCAAUAUGGUUUCACUUUGCUGAGAUUGAUGGUUCAAUCAGAAAUGCAGGACAAAGAAUUUUUGACAUCUUGAUAAAUGGCGAUGUUAAAUUUAGAGAUGUGGAUAUUUUGAAACUCAGUGGUGGUCAGAAUACUGCUCUUGUGCUUAACACGACCGUUGCUGUCAAUGGGAGGACUUUGACUAUAACCUUGCAGCCUAGAGAAGGUAGUCAUGCCAUAAUCAAUGCCAUUGAGGUUUUUGAAAUUGUUCCAACCGAAGUGAAAACAUCCCCAGAUGAAGUUAGGGCUUUGCAGAGCCUGAAGGCGGCAUUAGCUCUUCCUGUUCGUUUUGGGUGGAAUGGUGAUCCAUGUGUUCCUCAACAACAUCCUUGGAGUGGAGCAGACUGCCAAUACGAUAAGGCUGGAAACAAAUGGGUCAUUGAUGGACUGGGUCUAGACAACCAAGGUCUAAUGGGUUUCUUGCCAAAUGAAACAUCACAACUGCGUCAUCUACAAAGCAUAAACUUAAGUGGAAACAGCAUCCAUGGGCCCAUUCCAGCCUCACUCGGAACAAUAGCCAAGUUAGAAGUUUUGGAUCUCUCCUACAAUUUCUUCAAUGGAUCAAUUCCUGAAAGUCUUGGACAGUUGACAUCAUUACGGAUACUCAAUCUUAACGGAAACUCUUUGUCUGGAAGAGUGCCUGCCGCAUUAGGUGCUAGGCUUUUGCACAGGGCUAGCUUCAAUUUUACUGAUAAUGCCGGUCUCUGUGGUAUACCUGGGCUACCUGCAUGUGGGUCACACCUCUCUGCCGGUGCUAAAAUUGGGAUUGCAUUCGGAGCUGUAAUUAUGUUCUUGCUCAUAAUUACUUUUUCGGUUUGCUGUUGGAAAAGGCGGCAAAAUAUUCUCCGAGCGCAGAAUGCCGCAAGAGAUGCUCCAUAUGCAAAAGCCAGGACCCAACGAUCUCGCGAUGUCCAGAUGACAAUGCAUCACAACAAUCAAGGCCAUACGAGGACUCCCACUGAAAAUGGACACUUGAUUUCAUGAUUAAACAAUCAAAACUGCGUCAUCGUGUUUAGUUUGGUUGAAACUAGCUCCCUCCUUCAGAUUUUAUUGAAGAUCCGGUUAUGGAUUUAUGGUAUCAAAUACCAGUAAAGAUCCUCGACACCAAUUGCGAUGGAAGCCAAUUCUUGUACAUUGAUACAAUUCAACACUCUUACAACUUGAACCAGGAGAUGGGAGGUGAGUGCCAAAGAAUUUUGUAGAACAGUAAAGGACUGCUGCUUGCAUAGAGAAAUGAAUAUAGUUACUAAAGUUUUUAGCAAAGGUUGAGGUAGACAGACAAUUUUCUUUAUAAUUCCCCAGCCCCUCCCCAGUUGUAACUUUAUUGUCCCAUUUUUUGCAUUUUACAUGUUGAACAACUGAACCUCAUAUUUUGCAAUUGUUGUUCACACUUCACAGUUACAUUUAUGGUCAAUCUGAAUACAAGAAUGCAUCUCUGAGUUAUAUGAAUAA